AAAUAGGCCGGUCAAAGCAGCGGGAGUCUCUAGUAAGAAAUACAAGUCUACCGCUUCUUCUAUAUUCCGAUACAGCAGAUCAGCUUACUACAUCUGAAUUUAACACUUUCCUGAUCCGAGCCCACCAAAUCCACCACCGCACAGAUGUGAAAUAUUUUUAACCUUGGCUGCAUGCAGUAAAACAUCUUAUUUGUUUUCGUGCACAUGUAGCAGACGUAUUAAAGCUAAAACUGAAAGAACAUUACAGUCGAUUCAAAGGCUGCAGUUGAAUUCGAUUCCCUGUAUCGGUAAAUAUGCGGGGUUUGAUGACAAGCCCACGCUAACGGGCGCGUCUUACUAUUCCUGCUGCAAGUCUUGUGGGACUGAAAACCCGACAAGAAAUAAGGACUUUUAUUACGGCUGGAAACGAUUUUGGAAUGUUGGUAGGACUUGCAUCCUUCCACCCAUCCAUUGCUGAUAAAUGCUUGUUUCGUAAUUGCAGGGCGCGGAACAUUCCUUGGAAGUGCAGGCAAAAGGUCGAAACGUGUCUGCAUGCCGUGACGUUCUGCACAGCAUCUCAAAGUAACGCGCGUUUGCGGGGGGGGGGGGGAUCCAGUGCCGUGAUUUCCGGGCUGCCGCCACUAAAGUGUCUGCAUUUGCCUACAACGUGAGACUCGGUGAAAGCGAGACUGUGGCCGGAUCGCACGAUUGUCGCAACACGGCUCCGGGCUCCGGCGAAGCAGCAGUUCCCACGGCGCCCAGCGACGGCUACUCUGGUGCUGCGGACGCCGGGGACACCCAGGCAGUGCGGAUCGUGUUAUCGGUGUCGGGCUGUCCACUGAAAAGGAUAUUUUACCCCAGCUUCCCAGAUGAGAAAAUGGCAUUUUAAUCCCCGUUUCAAAUGCGUUAAGAUACAAGUACGGCUUCGGACGCCUGAAUGGUCAGAGGGUGUGCAAUUUGCAGGUGGAUGGGACAGGCACCAGGCGGAGCCAUCAGCUGACCGCAUCGCCGCUUCCCCCCCGUCGAUGACAUCACAGGUCAUUCAGAUCGGCACUCCCUCGAAGACGUCCUCCGAGGCUCGGGAGUUUUGAACCCAUCUGCAUCAAGCUUUGUGGAUUUUUUUCCCUCUAAAGGCUCAAUUUCCAUCUGGAAAAAAAAGCUAUUUACCCUUCUGCCCCCUGACCUGCAUUUGUAGCCUCUGGGCUGUUAUCCAGCAGGGGAAGAAGGUGACCUGGAUUGCAGACUAAACUAAAGGGGUGCCCCCCUCCGUACGUGGGAGUGGUCCCCCCUCCCACAGCCUCCUGGGUCUCCCUUUCCGGGAGGAUACCUCAAAGUCCUUUGGUCCCGGGAAGAGGGCAGCCAUGUCCAGCAAGGCCCCCAUCUACCUGAAGCGGGGGAGCCGCAAGGGGAAGAAGGAGAAACUUCGUGACAUCCUGUCAUCGGACAUGAUCAGCCCCCCGCUGGGGGAUUUCCGGCACACCAUCCACAUCGGCAGCGGCGGCGGCGAGGACGACGUGUUCGGCGACCUCUCCUUCCUGCAAGGGAAAUUCCACCUGCUCCCCGGAAGGCGGGACCCCGACACUCAGGAACGUUCCGCCUCACCCGGCCGCCCGGCCAGCAUCUGUGGCCACCCGCUGUCCUGCAGGAGCUCGCCGCUGCUGAAGAACGCCCUCUCUCUGCCCAUCAUGGAGGCUGCCCGGGCCCUGACGCUGCCAACCCCCAACGCUGACCACGCCCACAUCCAGCCUCAGGCCCCGCCCCCUAAACCACCCCGGCUGCACCUCGACGACAGGAGGCUGUCGUCUCCGCCGAUGGUCACCCACCGCUUCACCGAGCCAUCUCCGGACAGCCCUCCUGGGCUCCCCAGUGAGGACCGCUGCUUGCUCCGGGAAUCUUGCCUGGAGGACACGAUGGAAGAGCAGCCGUACCUCUCCCACGCCGGAUCCCUGCUCUCUCUACACCUGGACCUGGGGCCCUCCAUCUUGGAAGAUGUGCUGCAGAUCAUGGACAAGCACGACAUGAACAGCCUCAACGGAUCCUGUCUACACGGGGGGCUCCAUGAGAUUUUCACCUGAGCCCAAUCCCCCCCCCCAUCCUUUUUUUUUUUACUAAUCUCCAACACAGAGCCGUCGUUUCUAGAAUUUUCCUGCUGCUGUCCAGCAAGAAGAUCAGCUUCCUCGCUUAUGCCAUAAGAACAGGACUGUUACAGAUUGCAUUUUAGUCAUUGCCAUUACUUCGCUAAAUAAUUCUAAGUCUUUUCUAAACAAGGUGCAUCUUACCUAUAUGCUGUGAAAAUAAGUCGUAUGCAGUCAUCUGGAUUUCUAUUAUCCCUGCUAUCCUUUGGUUAUCAGUAAUCACUCAUGUUAGUCCUAUAAUCCUCUGGGGGGCUUUGGCUGCCCUCCGCCUUCUGCCCCGUGCACCUUGGCACAGCCUCACUGUGACUCUAUACUGGAUGGAUAUAAUAGUGCUAUAAUAAAAAUUAGCUGUGAAUUUUUAGACUGAUGAACUGGCUGUUGGGGCCUGCGAAUCCCCUGUGAAUUGGAAAGUAGCUGUUUGGUUUGGAAGAUCUCCCUGACUCUCGUCUGUUUAAUGAAUACGCUGCCACUUUGAUAAAAAAAAAUGGGGUGAUUAGGGUCCUGCUAGGCUAUUAUAUGACGAUCAGUUUUCGAACGCUGUGUUUUUCUUCAAAUGCUCCUCCAAGAACAGCAUUAAAGUGACGUCAUCAACGCCGUCCAAUGGGCAUCAGAUGGAUGAAAUCACAAGUCUGUGGGACGGUCAAGGAAAACCCGAUCCCCCGCAAUGCAUUGUGGGAUCUAUGUCUUUUUUAACUUUCUGCUGGUGAUUAGGGAAAUGAAACUUUUACGCAAAUAUUGAUAUAAUAUAUGAAAAUGAACUGGAGUUAAUGGCAUUACAAGAACUGGGAUCCAGGGUGCUUUUCACUAGGCUGGAAAAACCUGUUGUCUCCAACUGGCCACCCGUUUCCAUGGCCGAAAAACACUGGAAAACCAUCGAUUACAUCAAUACCACUGGUCUAAAAUGUGUCUCAUGUAUCAUUGUCUAUAAUGGACUUCUGCAAAAGAGGAGGAACAUAAAACUGCAGUUUCUGUGGAAAUUCAUGUUGGAAAAUAUCCGCAACUUCAUCGUGUAAGACAUGAAUAGGGAUUGUAUGACCUGCGAAGAUGUAUAGAUUAAGAUAAUCGAUGAGAACGAUUUUGGGUAAAACGUUGUAAUAUUUCUGUAAUAAAAAGUGUUCGCUGGAAAAAAAAACAGUUUCUUCGAUAAAAAGCAAACUGAUGAAAGCAGACCCAAGGCUUUUAAAAACGUAUUCACCGUUCUUCCGAAGUGGGGUUAGGGUUACGUUAUAAUGCACCAAGCAUCCAUAUUCAGUAGGUGCGGGGGUUUGAAGAUGCGUGAAGCCGCCGGUGUCAGAUUGCUGUCUACGAUCGUUAUCGGCGGGGCGCUCGGCCGCGGAAUGCGGCGGCGCCGGUGCAGCUUGUGCUCAUGGCGCUGCGGUUAAUGCAGGCGGCGCUGCCUUCAUCUCCUCACACGGACAAAGUGCGCAUCGGCAGAUCUCACGCUGCGCAGGUCCCACCUUUCAUGACUAAACGCUGACUCUCGCUUUUUAAAAACAUGGUUGAGAAAUAGCCUUUCCUUAAAGAUAAAGGAGCCCACUUGUAAAAAUUUUGUUUCAAUGGUGUUCACUUUCUGAGUUAUGCCUUUGAAUGUAUGUUUUUUUAUUAGAUUUAAGAUGCACCUUAAAAUUAAUUAGAAUUAAGUCCUGUUGUAAUGAGACAAUAUGACACUGAAAUUAGUUGUGAAUGAACGCUUCAUUUCGUUUAUUUUUUUUUUACAUAGAUUUUCGUUUACCUUAAUUUAGGCCUAUUUUAGAGACGCUUUUACCCAGAGCGACGCACAAAUAAAGAUGUAACAGAGUUUUAAUUGUGA